UUUUGUCGCUUAAAUAACCACUCCGCAAGUCUUAUUUCGUACACCUUUAUAAAAGUUCGGAAACAAUGUAUAAUUAUAUUUAAACUAUUAUUCACCAAGUAGUUACAAAUUGUAAAAUAUACCCAUUGUAAUGUUGAUUUUAUCUAAAAUGCGGAAAUAACAUUUGCGGGAAUUCCGUGUAAAUAUGCCUAGCAAGCCCGCCAAAGGGACCCAGGUUCAAGGCAAGAAGCCUCCUUCUAAGCCGCCUACCAAAGGAGGCCCUUGUCCUUGGCUAUGUAACCAGGUGCCCGUGAACGUGCCAGGGCCAGGACCAGCUCAGGCGGUACUCCACCCCAACAAGGAUGUGUUCGUUCUUAAGGUAGCGAAAAUUGGAGCUACUGGAGAUCGGCGUUGCAAAAUGGAAUUAGAGUUGGUCACUCCCAAAGGGCCCGACAAUAAGCCUCCAGGUCGGGUUGACACCAGGGAGGCCCAGUGUGACCCAGACCCACCUCCAUGUUGCUGUAUGAGGAGUAAGAAGAAAAGAAAGUGAAAACACGUUAUUGUAUAAUUUUGUCUAUGUCCUUCAGGACCA